AUGGCGCUGAAGCAAUCGCUCGGCAAGGGUUCACAGGAAGAGCUGCUAGCUCUGCAAGAUGGCCAAUCGCUCUUAUCCUCCCUGCUUCGUCGUAUAAUGAAGUACACUGCUACGGAUGACUACCAUGUCAGUGUCCAAAUUGCGUUUAUGGACCUGCUGGCCACAUGGCUCUCCAAGGCAACGAAGCUAGCCAAACUGGACGAAACCUGUAAGCCCGAGCUUCGCCAGACGAUGAAAGACUUCUGGCGUCCUAUCUUUGACUUAUUCUUUCGUCGUACGACUAUCUCUUCAGCCACAGUGUCUGUUGGUAAAGACGUCUUGUUGAAGGCGCUGCAACUACAAUCAGCCCUCUAUGAGCUUGGAAGUGUACAGGAAAGGCUGGAAUACCUAGUACAAAGCAUCUUGGAAAUGAGUUCAUCAGACAAGGCCGUUUAUCUCGCUCUCGAGGUGAUUCAAAAGCAAGCAUCUUUGACAAUCAUCACCCAAUUGCAGCCCGGUUUUGUUGCUGAACGACUUCCUCAUAUGAACGACGAUACGCUAUCCACGUCUUUGGGUCGACUUAUUGGUCACAUUCUACGUUCGCAGCUGCCAAAUGCUGCAUCUGACGACACGCAGAUUGCUUGGGUCGCUAGUUGGCAACGUCCUCUUGUUGAGGCACUGCGCAACGAAGACGACCUCGUCGUACGCAAUAUCUAUCAGUACAUUUUACCUGCUGUAUUUCGUGGUCUUUUGCCGGCCUUCAAGCAUUUUUUGGUGCUACUCAAUGAGCCGGAUCAUCAAAAUCUGUCGAAUCAGCGUUUGAUGAUUGCUUCGCUUCGCAUGGCCAAAAAUGAGCAUCUCAUCCCUGAAGCUGAUGCUGCGACUUUGUCUCUGCUUGGUCUCGAGGAAAAGAUUAUUCAGAAGAAUAUCACUCAUGCGGACGUCUCACUCCGUGUUGCCACCCUUGGACUCGUGGUUGAGCACCCAAAGCCAACGACAUUUUAUACGAAUGAGACGCUCGACAUCUUGGAGAAGUACUUGCCAGGCUUCUUCCUAGAGACAGACUCGUUUUACCGGAAAGAGGUGUUGGACUCGUGGCGAAUGCUACUUGGUCGCUUGCAAGCCUCAUUGUACUAUACCAAAACAGCCAUCAGGAAAGCCAAGCUGAAGGACCAAGACUUGACACCAAUCAACAGCUACAUUCAGCGCUGCAAGGCCUUCACAACAUGGUUGCUCGAUCUGCUCAAACAUAAUCUUCGGCCCGGAGCCGGCUUCCAGCUCGUGACCGUCAGCUUGCAGGUGAUACAGAUUGCUAGCGGUCUCGGCUGGAGUCCUGCCGGUAUGCCUGCGAUUGUCAGCAAGUAUGCGGCGUUCAAGAAGAGCAUGACGCACAAUACUGAAACAACAAUGGCUUUGCCAUUCGAUGUGAAUCUCUUUGACCGCGAAAUGGUACGGCUCAUCAUUGACCGCCUUGGCGAUUCAUUCGACGAUAACCGGACAUUGGCAAUCGGUCUGCUUGAGUCGCUGCCCGAGCCUAUUGAAGGUUUAAGCAGCUUUGAAGAGGUUAACAAUCUGCUUCACAAUGCAAAAACCCUGUUACUCAGUACACGCGGGCGCGAUGGCGACGGAGGUGCGCGUGUCAUGCAAUUCGUCUUUCUCAAAUUUGUGCAGUCUCAGCAACCCGGAAAUGGCGUCCUGAGUACGACUCCAACUGCGUUUGUUGAGGAGAUUCUGCGAGGAAUUGACACGGAUGCGACACGCGCUCAAAAGGAUUUACUUUUGAUGGCACAGACAGCACCUCUGCAUGGGCGUUUGAUUGCUCUUGGCUACAUUGUUUCGCUUGUUCGGCUCGGGUCAAUGCACAGGACUGAACAACAAGCAUGGCUUGGUGUAUUCGACGAGCUUCUCAAGCUCUGCAAGACAGUAUGGUCUACAGUCAAAGAAGUCCUCUGCACAAAUUCUCCUGAGGGCUUUCUACCAAGCUCUGUUCAAGACCGGAUACAUGGCCCUUAUCGUGGCCCAGAAACACAAGUCAUCCUAUCAUUCUGCUGGCGUGCCCUCAAGGAAUGUAGCAAUCUUCUUCAGCGCGUCACUGCUGUCCAAUUCCAGCUUCAGGGCGCAAGUGUGCCCAUCAAAUACGUUGAGGCGACAGGGGAUCUUUUUCUUGCUUGGAUGUGUGAAAUCAGACAUCGUGGAGCGUUCACUGCAGCAGCGUCUGACUUUGUGUUUUUGUGCGAGCGCCUCGAACAAAGUUCAAUCGAUCAUUUGAGGAGCCUCCCAUCGAAAUGGCUCCAGACAAAUCUUGGUCACCUGAGCGCCUCAAUGCACAGCAAGGAUAUCACGAGACGCUCCGGCGGCUUGCCCAUGUCUAUCGUGUCCGCACUCGUCGCCGAAGCCUCAAGCAGCACGCGAACAGUGUUGUUCCAGCGCGCCGUUGAUGACUUAGUCACCCUUGCUUCAUCACCUGUCGAUCAUGCUAUUGAGAAAGACGACACGAUGGAGCUUCCGCAGGUGCAUGCCCUCAACACCUUGAAAUACAUCUUCAACGAAAGUAAGUUGAGCUCAAGAACAGUCAGCUGUAUCGAGCGCAUUUUCGUGGUAGCCAUGCAAGGUUUUAAUUCCACGAUUUGGGACAUCCGAAAUUGCUCGCUCAUGCUCUUCAAUGCUGUCUUGCAUCGCUCUUUCCGAUCUAAGAAGCCCCGCACAGAGUCACUCAUGCAGACAUUCACGACGGAGGCGUUUUUCCAAGCAUAUCCUGGACUUUUGUCGAUCGUGAAUGAGACACUGGCAGAUAGUGUCGAUAAGCUGCUACAAGCUGGCCAUGCGUCAGUCACAACAGCUUUGUAUCCAAUACUGACUUUGCUCUCGCAUCUUGAUGUAAGCGAGAGCUCUGACCGGUGGGACAACAUGAGUAAAACUAUGCAAUUAGUCGAUGCGUGCAGCACGAGCGAGAUUUGGCAGAUCCGAGCAAUUGCAGCAAAAGCCCUACCAACAUUCAUCGAGCGUAGUGAGGUGGCUGCCUUCGUGGUGUCCAGCCUCAACAAAGUCGACAUUGCCCAGCAGAAUCAUUUGCACGGCAAGCUUUUGCAGACUCAUGCAUUGUUUGCAUAUCACCUUGCACGCACGAGGGACCCAGGUUUUCUCAAUCAGCUGUAUGGCGAUGUGACGCGUGCACUCGUCUCUCACUUUGUCACACUCACUUCUGACAACAGGUCUGCCAUCACAAGGGCGCAUCUCUUGCAGAUUCACAUCGACUUCUUUACGCACAAUUCGCUUGUCGACAUUUCUCCUAUGAUUGUACGUCUGAAGCAGAUGGCUGUCGACUUUUCAUUCCGUUCUCUUUUCAAAAUUAAAAGUGAAUCUCGAACGCCUGUUUUGGGACAAGGGGUACUUGAUCGUGUCAUGACGCUUGUUGUCAUGCAAGCAUUGGCCGAGAAAGGUUUCAAGCAAUUUGGUGACAUGUCGUCUGGAACUAUCGUCAAGCGACUCUUUGAGCAUGAAUCUGACGAUGUUCGGCUCACAGCGUAUGCAGCGUUCCCUGGCACAUUCGCCGGAACAGCCAUGUUGCGCUCUCCAGUUGUUGCAGAAGCAUUGACUCUCCAGAGUGUCAAGGAGACAUGGUCCCAGACUGUAAUCACAGCUCGUACUUGCUUGGCUACGCUGCCUAUAUCGAGUAACGCUUCAGUGGACCACGAGUCAUCCCAUCUUGUCCAGCGGCAGUUCGAAAGAUUCUGUGGCGAUAUAGAGCGGUCAGGUAACGCAAGUCCGCUUGUUGAUGCUUCACUUGUUCUCGUUGGCAGGCUCAUCCAGAAGAUGCCCAAAACAGCAAUCGACGUUCAGCGCUAUCGAUGCAUGCUUGACAGGUUCAGCGAUGAGUAUAUGCCACUCGAGUCGCGACGUGCUGUUGUCAGAUCACUGGAAUCGUCGGGUCUCCUCAAGCUCUUCAUGAGCAAGCAAAAUUCACUCUUGCAGCACGAAUACGCUUCAGUGCUUCCUAUCGUCCUGGACAGUCUGUCCGACGAUGACGACGAGCUCAGAGAAGAGGCUGCUGCUUUGGUGAGUCAAUUAUUACCAGAAUCUUCUCCGAUGCGCCCAGAAGAAGCGCGUAGUUGUCUGCUACGGUAUUGCAUGGAGCUCCACAUGAAUUCGCCCACAAUACAUCACAUACUCGCUGUGUUCGCCACAGGACUUCCGCGCUCCUUACUCAGCGAGGCCAAGCCUGCAUCGUCGACCCUUGUGCGCAAGCUCAUUGAGCAGCAAGUAAACGCAGCGCUCGAGCCAUCUGAUUUGCUCUUCGCUGUCGAGCGACAGAAUCUGUGGCGCGACCCUGUCGAAGAUUGUCGAGUGGCCUUGCAAGCCCUGUCUACUGCUGGUAAGCUGGAUGCGAGUGCGGCACAAUUGCUCGCAAGGUUCUCCAAGUCUGGCUUGUCAGUUCUCGAUGCUUGCAUGACCAAAUGCGGUGUUGAUGGCGCGCUGGGCUGGUGUUCCGAUGCCGAUCUCUUCAGCUUGUUCAACAGGGUGCUGCAAUGUACAAGGUUCGCUUUGUCUAGCCUCAGCGUCGAGGAGGACCGCAAGAUGAUGAUUGAAGAGUGUUUGUACACUCUCAAUCACGGUGCAAGUGGGAAACGGUCACGGGUGGAACAGACACGACUUCACGAAAGCUUGGGAAAGAUUAUUGCGGAGUACGCAUAG